UACUGUUUUGAUUUGUUUGCUCGGAUUGCGUUGCGCCAUUAUCGACGAAAACGUGCGUCUCCGUGGCGCUUGCAUCGUCCCGUUUGAGUCCAGCUGGGCAGCGGUGCGCGCGAAGCAAAAGGGAUACUUGCGGCAAUCCUUGCCCGCCUUCACUGUGAUGUUACCGAGCUGCUAGGCACCAUGAGCGUAAUCGAUUUUAUUCUGAGCAGAAACAGUCCAUAAGUACGAAAGUUUUGCGUGCACCGUAAAACGGUCCUUCCAAUGCGCCGAUCAAUCGAAAAGCAAAACUAGACAUAACGGCGCAGUAUAGCGAGUCGGCGGAUUUGUAAGGUAUUCCGGGACCCCAGUAUAUUCGGUAACCACACACAGUAUUGACAUCCGGGUUUCUUUUUCCGGAAUCCGGAUGCUAGUUGUACGCGGAAGAGCUGGCAGAUUAUUCUACAACCGUUUUUCAAGAUGAUCCGUCGACUCUUCAGCACAUUCAUCGCCGACUGUCCACCGACGGGUGAAUUUUUGCCAGCACCGGCACAAUCCAACAAUCUCCGUCGUCCGAGCCAAGGAGGGCCGGAAACGGUGCUUCCUUCCGCAUUCCGCGCCACCUCGCUGCAGUCGCUGAGUUGGUUGCAUGUGACCUCGCCCUGCUUUCCCGUGCCGGGCGAUCGCAUCCAAGUGAUACACGAGCCGGUCACGUUCUACAAUACGCUUCUCGAGAAAUGCUCGACCGCACGCAAGAGGAUCAUGCUUGCGAGUCUGUACCUCGGCACCGGUACUCUCGAAACGCGCCUCGUGCACGCAAUCCACGAAAAUCUACGUCGCAACGACCGCCUUCAGGUGGAUGUGCUGCUCGAUUUCACACGUGGCACGCGGGGCGAGCGCAACAGCAAAACGACCCUCAUGCCGCUGGUCGAGGAGACGAACAAUUUUCGGCUGUCGCUCUAUCACACGCCCGUGCUGCGCGGUCUCACCAAACGACUGGCCCCUCCACGCUGGAACGAGUUGCUCGGAAUACAGCAUAUGAAGCUGUACCUCGUUGACGAUACGGUCAUCCUGUCCGGGGCCAACCUUUCAAACGAUUACUUCACCAACCGACAGGAUCGGUACGUGAUGAUCGAGGAUCGCCGGCUGGCCGAUUUUUAUGCCCAAUUUCUCGGCAAAGUGCAAGAGUUUAGCCUGACCGUGGGCCGCGAUGGAACAACUCGGCUGCACGACACCUGGACCAUGCUACCGUACAAAUGUGCGCAGCUCGAGUUUGCCACCGAAGCGCGAGACCGCGUUCGAGCGUUCUUCCGCCAGGUGAUGAAGGAACAGCGCACGUUGCUGCAGGAGCACGACGAAGGCGAGACCGACACGUGGAUAUUUCCCCUCAUCGAGAUGGGACAGCUGGGCAUACACCAUGACAGUGUGGCCACGAGGCAAUUACUUUCGGGUUGUUUACCCGGUUCGCGGUUACGCCUGGCCACGGGAUACUUUAAUCUCACGGAAACGUACAUGCGCACGUUGACAAACGACUGUCAGGCUCAGUGCAAUAUCCUGAUGGCGCACCCGAACGCAAACGGUUUCCUUGGUGCGAAGGGUCCUGCUGGUGGUAUUCCGGCCGCGUACUCACUGCUGGCACGCAAGUUCUUGGAGACACUGCAAACUGCGGGCCAAAGCCACCGUGUGGAGCUUUACGAAUACGAGAGGCCUGGAUGGACGUAUCAUGCCAAGGGCCUCUGGUACUAUCUCCCCGAAUCGACGUUACCGAACGUGACACUGAUCGGGUCGUCCAAUUUCGGUGAACGGUCAGUGCACCGUGAUCUCGAGGCACAGAUCUGUCUGGUGACGACGAAUGAUGGGUUGCAGCGAAAGCUGCAGGCGGAGUACGAGAACCUUCUACAGCACUCGACGACGGCCGAAACCGAGCUCGUGAGUAGGCCCGUGCCACGCUGGGUACGCGCAGUGGUGGGAUUGUUUCGAAACUUCUUCUAAGCCCUACACAUCGCGGCGUCGGGUACAAGGCUUACCUUUUUCUUGACUCGAAUACGUACGCAUCGGCACUUGGUCCAGCUUUACUCGUUACGAUGUUAAUUGUUCCGUUGUUCCGAUCUAGCUUAAAUGACAUUUUACCAAAGUUACCGAACGCAACACAAGGCAAGCUUCCUAAGCCGAGGGCACUCUAGUCGUUUUUGGUGUACAACAUUGUUUUAAAAAAUAUAAAGAGCAUUAAAACAUAAUG